CUCAUGCUGCAGUCAUUCAGAGGCACAGCGUGGAGGCUGCACAUACACACAUCAACACGUUUAGAGCGACAUGGCAAGACUACCUCACCGCUGUGUGAUGAUAUCAGUGUGUUUGGCAGGAGCUCUCCUACUGCUUCCGCUCUGCUUGGGUGUCGAGGAUGACCAAUAUAAUUUUGACUACGAUUCUACUCAAAUCCCGGAGUACGACUACAAUUCAACAUUCGAGUACUCGUUCUUCAGCAAUGCCAGCAGUGAAGAACUAGAUAAGUUUUUAAUGGGAAGAGAAACAGAGACACAAACAGAAACAGAAGCAGAAAAAGAAACAGUUGGAGGUGUGCAUGAAGAGAAGCCUACUGAACCCACAAUCUUUGAUACGGAUCAGGCAUCUCAGUCAACGCCUCUAUGUUCCAUUCUUACUUUGGUUCUGAUGGUUCAUCUGCUGCUCAGACUACUAUAGCAGACACACUGCACAUUACAGGACCCUGUUACACAAUCUGAACAGAAGUCCAGGAAGAAGAAGAGCAGAUGGCCAGAUAACCUGAAAGACAUGUGGACAUCCAGUACAGACAGACACACACGUGCUCAUGCACUCACAGAGCUCAAGCAAAAACAACGUUGGAUCCAUGACAAACCAUGACAACACACGGCUUGCAAGCUGUAAAUAAAAAGACACAUUGUUCGCUGUUCUUUGUCACAGCAAAACAGGCACACAGAGGUCAGAGGUCUCAUAGGCUGGAUCAUGGAAUGGAAUAUGAAUGUGAAAUAGGGCUAAACUAAAUUACAGGUUCUUUUGUGGGUAUUUGUUCAGGUUGUGGCUCAGAGGAGGUGAUUUGAGCAGUCUGAAUAACAAAGAAACUGAGAAAAACAAUGUUUUAAUGCACAGAUGUGCAGGCUGUCCACUGUCAUGUAAAACAAUGCAAUUUUUGGCAAUAAUCAGAAGAAUUUUGAUACAUUUGUCUCUUUUAUGAGACUUUGUCUGUUUAAGCAUUUUUUUAAAAAAAAAUUUAUCUAUAAUGUGCACAUCCUUUGAUUGCCAUGACAAAAAUACGUGUGUCAAAUAUGUAGCUGACAAACAAGAAAAUCAGACAUCAGUGUUACAUAAUGUACAAUAUUAGUAUGCCAAUUUUAUCUUAAAGCAAAGCUUUACACAAACUGAUCUGGAUUCAUGUUAUGUUUGGGAAAUUGUAGAAACACACUGAAGUUUUACAAUUAGACUGAGCUUUUCUAGUCAUUUUAAGCAUUAUGACCUCUUGCAGAUAUUACAUGUAGGCACUUUCCUUUGCCACUGCACUUCUAAGCCUCACUAUUUCUUCAGUAAUCCUCGAUACAAGCACAUUUUUUAAAUUUUGUAAUGGAUUGACUAUUAUUAUUUUUUUUUACAAAUAAGAAAGGUGAUUUACACAAAAAUGCACAUGAAUCUGUGAGCCAGUUCAGCUUUUUUUUUUAUGUGUUGUUACCAAUACUGAAUAAAUAUUUUUUCAAGUAAUACGCUGCUGUCUUAAUUUCUCUAAAGACUGAGAUCACACAGAUGAUACAAAACAUGCUGAAAAAAUG